AUGAUACUUGCACUAAUUGCUGCUCUUGUGUUUGCUGUACUUUCCGAAGAUGCUUCAACUCAGACGAAGCUAUUCAUGAUACUUGCACUAAUUGCUGCUCUUGUGUUUGCUGUACUUUCCGAAGAUGCUUCAACUCAGACGAAGGACGCUUUUCUUGUUGCUAGCAAGUCACCCCAGUCAAUUUAUGCGGUUGAAAACAUGGACCUUAUUUUGGAAUAUGGAUUGUACAACAUCGGCGACAAAGCAGCAUUGAAGCAUCACGCUGAGCAAGCUAAAGAGAUCGAGAUCAUGUAG